UCAAAAUGUUGAUGUUCGGAAAGUACUUUUUGAUCACAUUUUUCGUGGGCCUUUUGCAUGGCAAUACCAAAUCGCAGGAUAAUAGUUUUCUGUGUGUAUUACAAGAUGCCCCCAAUCAGUGUGGUGCAUUUUGUCUUUCGGCAAUGUUUCCACUAUUUGAUCAUAAUAAGCAGCACCGACAAAAGUUGGACACUCUCGCUGGUACUCUAAACAGAAUAGAAGGUCAAAUAAAGGUCCUUCAGGAUACGAUCACAGCUCUAAACGUAUCUAUUGAGGAAUCCUUGAUCAAGAAGGUGUCGGAGAGGAAUGAAGGUCAGUUGGGAGCGAUGCUGACCGAAAUGGAAAACCAACUAAAAACACAAAAGAAAACCCCUUCUGGAAUAAAUAAUAAUUUCAUUCUACCUGGUUUCAAAAAGAUCGGUACAAGAUUUUUCUAUAUCGAAACAAAAAAUUUGAAAGAUUGGGUUUCUGCUGAAACCUAUUGCCAGAAAAAGGGAGGCCACCUUGCGUCUAUAAAAGAUCAAGAAGAGUAUAACGCUAUCAUAGGAAAAAUCGAUGAAAGCUUCUGGUUGGGCAUCAACGACCGGGUAAAAGAGGGGAAGUUGGUGUCGAUUGCAUCCGGAAAGCCAGCACAGUUUUUAAAAUGGUUUUGGAAUCAAAAUAAAGCUGAAAACCGUCACUGCGUUACGUUAUCAAGAUUUGGAAUGUUCAGUGUAGAUUGUAAUAAAAAACUGCCUUUCAUUUGCCAGGGAGACUCUGAAAUAUAACGGAAAUUGCCUUGAAAUUAUAAAAUUUAAUAACAAUUAAGUCUGUUAUUUUAGUAUACGACAAAAAUAAAAUAAGUAUUGAAUGCA